CAAACACGGCGUCUUGAAGCUCUUGAACUGCUUUGACAUGGAUUGUGAGACACCAUGUUCAUUCAAGUUUGCUGAUGAUAAGAUUAUAGAGUCUACACCGGCAAAGCUGGCUGGUAUAUUUUGCAUGCAGAGGAUUGGAAGCAGAAAGGGUCAGAAGCUGUUAAAGUACUAUUGUCCUAGUGAUUUGACUGACAAUGUUUUAUACAGCAAAUACUUCACCGAUAUCAAAUCUACAAAGCAUCAGACGACGGUGACUAAGACAAACAUUUUAGAGAAGAUAAAACAACUUAUGGCAAAAAGGAGAAAAAGUGGGAAAAGAAAGAAAGUUGAUGAAAAGGAUCUAGUUUGCCUGAUAGGUCUUUAUCUUUGCUGUGUAUUGUUUUUUGGCGACAAAAAUGCCAAUGGAGUGAACGCGAAAUAUCUUAGUAUCGUUGAAACUUAUGAUACGGUGCUCAAGGUGUCGUGGCCUGAUUUAAUACACGAGCACUUGUUUGAAGAGAUUCAUACUAAUCUUAGUUGUUUGUCAAAUGUGAAGGCUUGUGUGCAAUACCUACUGUUAUUGUUUGCUGAACACACGCCAGCAGGAUUAAUCCCGAAAGUUGAGAACCACGAGGAAGAUAUCCCGAGGGUUGGGAGAUGGGAUAUAUACCAGAUUUCUGAUUACAUUUGGAAAACAGACAUGACACAGUUUUCGCCAACUCCUAGCUUUGUGGCUGAGUUUUCACAGCUUGAGAAGCAGCUGGGUAUAUCAACCGUGGUACCCAGCAAGGACGACCUGCAAAGUUGGCUGAAAGCGCAAACUAUUGAGAAUAGCCAUCUGAAAGAGCAACUGCAAGAAAAGCAAGCAAUGCUUAAAGCAGCAGUGUAUGCAAUUGCAAGAGAAGGGAUAUCAGAAGGGGACCUUUCAGGAACAGCGGAAUUCAAGGUUCACAAAUUUAGUUGCCAAAUUAUGCAAGCAAUGGGUAUUGAUCCUUACAAAGUGACCCAGGAAGAGUUUAUGCAACAUGAAGAUGAUGUACAUGGAGGUACUGAGCAUGGAGCUACUGAGCAUGAAGAAGAAGAGUUACAAUUAGUUGAGACAGAGCAACAAGGAGAUGGAAGUACUGAGCAAGAGAAAGAGAAAGAUGACGCGGAAACUUCCUUCCAUGAAGAAUUUCCAUGUAUGAGCCUUGCAGCUGGAAAUACGCCAACAAUUCUGCAAGCUCAAACUGCUGCAGAGGGGCACAAAAGACCACUCAGGACAUAUAGUUCGAGUAUGAAGAGUGUGACAACUUGCAAGACUCCACCAAAGAAAAGGCCUGUCGCAAAGCAAAAGCCCACUCCUACAAAUAAUGAUGAGGAGCAGAAGAAAGAUGUUGAAGAGACACCUGUUACGGAUGAGGCACAGAAGAAAGCUGCAGAUGGUGGAGUUGUGGAUGGGGCAGGUGAUGAUGUAGCUGCAAAAGCCGUAGGUGAUGAUGUUACUGCAAAAGUCAAUGAGGAUACACCUGCAACUGUUGGUGACGGUUUGGUUAUGACUGCUCCAACUCAGCCAACUCCUGGAACUUUUGAUGACAGUUCUGCUUCAACACAGUUUGAGGACUCCAUGGUGAUAACUGCUACAACACCGCAAACACAGCCUGACAAUGCUCAGACCUACAGGUUGGUGCAACUAGGAGCUAACCCGAUGAUAUGA